CCGUAGAUUUUCUCCUAUCCAUCCCUAGUCCGACGACAGUUUUCAGUUUCAGUUGGCGACUCCGGCUGCCGGCAUUCCCGUCGCAGCUACUUCGACAUGGCCGCGCUUCAGACGGCAUUCCAUCCACCUGCCUACUUCAACGAUCGGAAUACUAACUCAAUUCCGAUAUCCAAAGCCAGCCUACACUGUUCCAAUUCAACCUCAGCUCAAAACCUACCUCCAAGUUCAAAUUCAGCCUACGCAUUUCGGCGAAUGUACGUUUCUCACGCAAUAAAAAAUCAUCGAGCAAAAUGUUCGGAGGAAGUAAAUAUUAAUGCACUACGCAUAAUUGUGAAAUGGUUUGAUCUGAUUCGAGAUGUCUUCCCCGGCGGUCGUUGGUGGAAUUUGAGAGAUUUUGAGCAAAAUGUUGAUGGUUCGCCAAUUGCAGCGGAGCCGAUAACUGUUUUACAAGCUCUGAGAGAAAUGUGGGCAUUGUUAGCUGAUGAGAAAUGGAUUUUGUACACAGCGUUAGGCGCGUUGGCCGUCGCGGCGGUCUCAGAGAUAACAAUCCCAGGAAUACUGGCAGCAUCAGUUUUUUCAGCUCAAAAUGGUGAGAUGUUGGUGUUCUAUCAAAACUCAUGGCUUCUGAUUUUAUUGUGUAUCACAUCAGGAAUAUGCAGUGGGUUGCGAAGUGGAUGUUUUGCUGUUGCAAAUGUGAUUUUGGUUAAGCGACUUAGGAAAGCUGUAUAUAGAUCUCUUCUUCUUCAGGAUGUAUCAUUUUUUGACACGGAAGCAGUUGGUGACUUGACUAGCAGGGUUAGUACAGAUUGCCAGAGGUUAUCUCAGACUGUUGGAAAUGAUAUACACAUGAUCCUUCGUAAUAUUUUCCAGGGUAUAGGCGCAUAUAUCUGCUUGAUGACUUUGUCAUGGCCUCUAGCACUGUCAUCACUAGUAAUAUGUUGUAUUUUAUCACUGAUUUUCCUAAUCUAUGGGCAGUACCAGAAGAAAGCAGCACUGCUUGCCCAAAAUUUUGUUGCCUCUUCCAAUGAAGUUGCACAAGAGACAUUUUCUUUGAUUAGAACUAUCAGAGCAUAUGGGACAGAAAAAGAAGAACUUCAGAGGUUCACACGGUGGAUUGAAAGAUUAGCUUCUGUGGGCAUGCGAGAAAGUGUAGCAUAUGGAUUAUGGACCCUUAGUUUCAGUAUUCUUUAUCGAUCAACACAAGUACUGCUCCAUCUUUUACAGUCUAUCCUAUGUUUUGAAGUUUGUAAGACUGCAAAUACGAAAGUUAACAUGCUCUCUCUCUCUCUCUCUCUCUCACCAAGAGAUCUUGUCUGGAUUCCAAGUUAUGUUUUGCAGGUGUUAGCAGUUAUUUUUGGGGGAAUGUCUAUUUUGAGUGGUCAUGUGUCUACUGAGCAACUGACCAAGUAUAUUUUGUACUGUGAGUGGUUGAUCUAUGCUGCCUGGAGAUUGCAAGACAGCAUGUCAUCAUUACUUCAGUCUGUUGGAGCCUGUGCUAAGGUUUUUCAGUUGAUGCAUCUUCCACCAAGUAGUGAAUUCAUGUCGAAAGGAGUGAAAUUGCAGAGGCUAGUAGGAUGUGUUGACUUUGUGAAUGUAUCAUUUCACUAUUCGUCGAGGAAGAUGGUUCCUAUUCUGGAAAAUGUGAACUUCUCGGUAAAAGCUAAUGAAAUGGUUGCAAUAGUGGGCGCCAGUGGCAGCGGGAAAAGCAGUUUACUCAGUCUUUUGCUGCGCCUCUACGAGCCUACCAAAGGAGAGAUACUUGUGAAUGGCAUUCCUCUGAGAGAGAUGGAUAUGAGGUGGUUGAGAGAGAACAUCGGCUACGUCGGACAGGAACCCCAUCUUCUCCACAUGGAUAUCAAGUCCAAUAUUACAUACGGCUGCUCAAGAAGCAUUGUUGGAGAGGAAGAGAUCGAAUCUGCUACAAAGAAUGCACAUGCCCAUGAAUUCAUAUCCACCCUCCCUCAGGGCUAUCAUACCAUCAUCGAUGAUAAUCUUCUAAGUGGGGGACAAAAGCAACGCAUAGCUAUUGCAAGGGCCCUCCUCAGAGACCCCAUCAUCUUGAUUUUUGAUGAGGCUACCAGUGCUCUCGAUGCAGACAGUGAAGGCUAUAUCAAAGAGAUUCUUCAAGUACUGAAGAACAAUGCAGAUAGACGAAUGACAAUGAUCAUAGUUGCACAAAGGUUGUCUACGAUAAAAGAGGCGGACAAAAUUGUGGUACUGGAGGAUGGCCAAGUAGUUGAGACGGGUACAUACAUAGAGCUCCAUAACAAGAAUGGAGUGUUUUCUCGUUUAUUCAAAUUGCAGACAGACGCCACCCAUUUCGACUAGCCUGAGGCGAGACCACUUGAUAUUAUGUUGCAAAUUGAAACAACAAAUAUCGUUAUCUGACUAUCUCACACUUGCGACCUAAAUUGCACAAAAAAAAAGGCGGUGAAGAACAAUGGUGACUGUGUCCAGGUUCCCUGCAAUGCAAAAGCUACAAUCGACACCACGAGUUUUGUGCAGGAAGAGAGAGAAAGAGAACAAUUCUCCUUACAAAGUCAUUGUUAUCACUCCUCCGCCAAAAAACCUCGGCGUUCGCUGUUUCCCCCUAAUCUGCAGUGUGGUGAGAGUGUGACAAUAGAAGGGCAGACAUAUACGAUAUCAGCUGUAACUCAUCGUUAUCAGCUCAGGAAAGGGAAAUACGAACCUAGUGAGAAACGGCUUGAUGUGCUAUCAACUGGAAGAUACUUAUUGAAUUUGUAUUUGGAAACUUUGCUUCAACAAUCUUGAUUACUUUUCUCACCAUUCAUCUUGUUCAUUAUUUUUCACUUGUGCUUUUAUGUAACGGAAUGUACAAACAGGACACAGUUCUAGAUUCGCAGUUAUUAUUGCACGGUGAACAUAUGAACACAAGCUGUUAGAGAACU